AUGCUAGGGCUCAAAUCCCAUCAGAUUUCAUCGAUUCCAUUCAUGAAUCCAAAUCGAAAACUAGAAACAGUCCGUCGAUCUGUCUUCCAAUUUCUACCUAACGAUUUCUCAUAUUUGCAACUCAAAUCAAGGAGAAAAAACAGUAGAGGAUUUAAGGUAUCAUCUUCUGAAGAUUCGAAUGGUAAUGGCGAUGGUAAAGAAGAUUUGAGAAAAGAGGGAGGAGGAGGAGAUGAAGUUCCGAGAGUUAAUUUGAGGUGGAGCGAGUUGCUUUUGGAUCCGGAUCCGGAUAAUGUUGUAGCGGUGGGUUUAACUGGGGCGUUGGCAUGGGCUGGUGUACAAGUGUUGCGGCAGCUGUUUGUUGCAACAAUGGCGACUUUGAUGGCUGGUGUAAAGUACACUUUCAUGGGUGUUUUUCUCAUCUUCAUUGUUGUUGCUCUCCUUUGA